AGCAAUAAAAGCAUGAAGCACUCCUAAGCGAAACCUCGUCAUUGGGAUUUGUGAACGCCGCGAAGCAGCAGAUCACAAAUUCGCUCCCAACAUAACCCUCGACAGCUUUUAACUAAACCUCUACCUAGGGCACGGCACGGCACACAGCAAUUUCACCACCACUAACAUUGAAAACCAAUAAUAACUGAAUUCCAAACGCAAUUCACAUAACCAACCCUUACAAUCUUAAUCUUAUUCUUCUUCUUCUCUUUUCCAUGGCGGAUCCCGCCUCCUCUCCCGCCGUAACCCUAGAACCCAAACCCCAGCACACUGAAUCACAACCUGAUCCAGCUCCACCUUCCACAUCCCUAUCUCAAUCUCCGGCUCCCGCAAACCCUAAUCCCAAUCCCACUCUGCUCUCCGCGCCACCGCCCGCGCCGCCGUUGCAGCAGCACCAUCCCACCUUCUCCUACGUGCCGCCUCAGGUCUCCGCUGGACCUCCCUUCGCGCCUCCCGCCGCCCCCUCCUUCCGGCCGCUGCCUCCUCAGGCACCGCACUUCUCCCCGUUGCCAAAUCCAUCCGGAGGCGCCGCUCCGCCGAGCCUUGCCUACCAGAAUCCGUCGAUUCCACCUCCUGGUGUUAGCUCUGCGGCUGCAAUGGCUCCCGGCGUCGCCUCUUCUGCCGGUGGCGUUGCGGUUCCGGUGUCUGUGCCGCACAUGCAGCCAAUGAUGUCGUAUCAGGUUCCUCCCGGCCAGCCCGCCAUCCCAACCCUGAGACCGCCCUACGCGAUGCCAAACGGUUACGCCGCCAUCCCGGGUGCUCCUCAAACGGGUGUACCUCCUGCUGGAUUUCGUAGUGUGGGAGGAGUUUGUUUCAGAUGAAUUGGGGAGGGAUUAAGAAAAGUUGUUGUUGGUCGAGAAAGGGGUAUCGAUGACAGGAUGUUUUCUCCUACAGUGUCUUGACUCUCUUGAUUGAAUUCGGUGAGAAAGGUUGGGAGGCUUCAUAUUGCUUACAGACCUACAUCUACAACAGUACAACUCGUUUAAAUUUGGUAUGCACGUGUUUGCCAGGUUUCUUGCUUUGUCUUUUACUAAAAUUGGAAAUGAAAGUUUACAAAGAGUGAUACUCACAAUGGGAAAAUAAUAUUUGUUCUUCUGUCGAUGUAAAUAAUAUAUGGUUGUGUCAUGCUCAUUUUAGUAGGCUACUUUGUGCUAGUUGUAAGAGUACUUUCCCUUCAAUGGUUUUAUGAAUUCCAGAAGUCGACCAUGUUUGCAACUGAAUGCACGUUGGCCUUGUGUGCUAAGGUAUUGCAAUCUUUUCAAUUCUCUAUCUUUCCUCUAUUGCACUUUCAUUUCCCAUUUUUAAUGCUGCGACAUGGGUUCUAUAUAUAUAGUUAAAAGAACCACUUAGAAUUCAACUAGAAUUUCUUCUUAUUUAAACCAAGCGUACAUGAGACGUGGAUAGUCUCAUGUCACAUGUGCUUUGGUUGAUGGGAUAGUUUGAGAAGCCCACUAUAUUACAAGUGAU